AGCCGCUGAUACACCGACACCGCUCGUCUCCAACUGCUCUCCGUCUCGUGGAGUUUCAACGGCAUUUUAUGGGGGAAACACUAGAUGCAAUGGACGAAAUAUACAGUACGUGUGGAUUACUUCUUCAUUUAGACGAGUAGGCUAUUCUUUUGCGGCGAUGUCCUCUCUGAAAUCACCUGUAACAAUGGGUAAAUCCUGGACUAACCAUCUUCUAGUGCUCUUUAUGUGGAUAUGCUUAGGUGCCCAGCAAAUGGAAGAUGCUUUGCCUUUUCAGUUUACUUAUCCAUUUUAUGAUGUGACGAUAUAUGAAAAUUCAGCAGCAAAAACUUAUGUCGAAUGUCCCAUAAAAAUGGGAAUUUUUAUGACAAAUCAAUCUGUGGACAUUUGGUACACAAUAGAAUCUGGAGACCAUGAUAAUUUAUUCAAGGCUGAGACAUAUGUCUUGGGUAAUUUCUGUUUCUUGCGAAUAAGGACCAAAGGAGGCAUUUCUGCCUCUCUUAACAGGGAAAUAAAAGACCACUAUCUACUGACUAUAAAUGCUAUUGAAAGACACACUGGUGCAGAGGCACAGACGCAAGUAAAAGUACAAAUUCUGGACAUGAAUGAUCUCAGACCUCUUUUCUCACCGACUACAUAUAGCUUCUUUGUUCCGGAAAACUCUGCAGCCAGAACAAGCAUAGGCAGAGUUUCUGCCACAGACGCUGACACAGGCACCAAUGGAGAGUACUAUUUCAGCUUCAAAGAGUGGACUGACAUGUUCUCCAUUCAUCCUACUAGUGGGGUUAUAACUCUGACAGGCAAGCUGGAUUACUCCGAGAUGGCUCUUUAUGAGAUUGAUGUGUUGGCUGUGGACAGAGGUCUGAAGCUCUAUGGGAGCAGCAGCAGCAGUAGCGCAGCAAAGCUAAAGGUGCAUGUAUUGCAGGCCAAUGAACAUUCACCUGUUAUAACUGCUGUCCCUUUAACUCCUUGGAACACAACCAGCGAUCCCACAUAUGCGCAUGUAACUGUGGAGGAUGCAGAUGAAGGGCAAAAUGGUGAAAUUGCCUCUCUGAACAUUGUAGCUGGAGAUCCACUUCAGCAGUUCAAGACCUUUAGAACAAAUCCUGGAAGCAAGGAAUACAAGAUCAAGGCUGUCAAGAAAGUGGAAUGGGAGGGUUAUAGUUUUGGCUACAAUCUUACAUUGCAAGCCAAAGAUAAGGGAAAUCCGCCUAAGUUUUCCUCAGCGAUAGUUGUGAGGUUGGGAUCACCUAGCGAAUACACAGAGAUUCCUAGAUUCGAGAAAAGUAUUUAUAGAGUUACCCUAAGUGAGUUUGCGCCACCUCACUCUCCUGUUGUUAUGGUCAAAACUGUAGAGAAACAUUCAAAGAUUAAUUACUUGUUAGAAUUUAAAAUGCAACAACACGAUAAUCCAUUUAUUAUCAAUCCAAACACAGGCCUUAUUUCCACCUCUGGACCUAUUAAAGCAGAAAAGGUUAGUCAAUAUGAAUUUGAAGUUGUUACUAGUGACAGACGAGCAUCGACAAAGGUGGUAGUGAGUGUAAGUGAUAUGAACAACAACGCUCCAGUGUUUCAAAAGUCAAAUUACGAAGCAAGUAUUGCUGAACAUGUGCCUAUAGGAACCAGUGUCUUAACAGUCAGCGCUACUGACAUGGAUGAUGGAGAAAAUGGCUAUGUCACCUAUAGUAUUGUCAAUGUGAACAAACAGCCCUUCGUAGUGGAUUAUUUCACCGGUGUCAUAAGCACCACCGAGGAUCUAGAUUAUGAGACCAUGCCAAGUAAAUUCUCCCUCAGGAUUCGAGCCUCAGACUGGGGCUCCCCUUUCCGCCGUGAAGCCGAGACUAUUGUUUCAAUCUCUCUCACUAACCUAAACGAUAAUAAGCCACAAUUUGAGAAUAUCGACUGUGAUGUUAGAGUGCCAAGAUCUCUAGGGGUCGAUGAGCAAAUAAUAAGGGUGUCUGCCAUUGACGCUGACGAUCUUGGCGUAGUGCAGUACAGAAUUGACACUGGUAAUAACAUGAAUCUUUUCAAACUGGAUUCCACCUCUGGUGUGCUGGCGCUUAAAAAGUCACUGAGGGAUGGUGAUGCUGUGAAACAAUCGUUCCACCGUCUGCAAAUAACUGCCGGCGAUGGAGAAAUCUCAAGCACUCCUUUGUUCUUAAAUCUAACCAUUGUUAAUGCUCCAAAACAUGUCCGCUCUAAAUGUGCAGAGACUGGCGCUCUGAGAACUUUAGCUGGGCUGUUGCUUUUCGGCUCUAAACUAGACAGUCAGAAAGAAACAGAGGAUGAAUUUGCAGACAUCCAUUCUGUUAACCGCCAUGCUCCACGGUUUAUAGAGUCCACUCCAGCUGUAAUAGAAGUUAAAGAGAACCUUCCUGUAGGGACAAGCGUGGCACUCCUCAGAGCUGCCGAUUCCGACUCAGGCUUCAAUGGGAAAUUACUUUUUGUGAUCUCAGGGGGAGAUUUUGAUAGUUGUUUCACGAUAGAAUCUGACACAGGGUGGCUUAAAGUUUUCCAGCCACUCGAUAGAGAAACAACAGACCGCUAUACUCUCAAAAUCACAGUUUAUGACCUCGGCUUACCGCAGAAGUCCUCAUCUCACUUGUUAGAUGUCAAAAUUUUAGAUGCCAAUGACAACAGUCCUGAGUUCCUUCAGCGCGAGUAUAUAGUGGAUAUAAGUGAGGACACGGCUAUAGGAACUGAUAUCAUUCAACUUGAAGCGAAAGAUAAGGAUUUAGGGGUCAAUGGAAUGGUUAGAUACUCAUUUCUCACUGAGACUGAUAAAUUUAACAUUCAUGAAGAAACAGGGUUUGUAAGUGUUAUGCGUGUUCUAGACAGAGAAGCCAAUCCGGUAUUUGUUUUGAGAGUGGCUGCUUUCGAUGCAGCAAUUGAUGAGCCUAAAUUAGUAUCAACAGUGUUGUUACGCAUUAAUUUGGAGGAUGUAAAUGAUAAUCCCCCUAUGUUUGUUCCUCAACAUUAUCACAUUCGAGUGAGAGAAGACAUUCCAGUGGGAACUUUAGUGCUCUGGCUUGAAACUCACGAUCCUGAUCUUGGCCUGUCUGGACAGGUGAGAUACAGUCUAACAGAUGGGGAUGACGGAAACUUUCAGGUGGAUAAAAUGUCUGGAGCUGUGUAUGUCUCUCAGACUCUUGAUUUCGAAACAAGACAGAUAUACAAUCUGACAGCAAAGGCCAAAGACAGAGGCAGGCCAAACCCUUUAUCCUCAUCCUGCUUCAUUCAAGUGGAGAUUGUGGCUGUCAAUAAGAACAUGUACCGUCCAAAUUUCCCAUUUUUUGUGGAUUGGGGAACUGUGCUUGAAGACGCCUCAGUUGGCACCUCUGUAUUGAAAGUUGCAGCUCAUGAUGAGGACAGCGGCAGGGAUGGAGAAGUUCGCUACUCCAUACAAGGUGGUUCAGGCCUUGGAGUGUUUACCAUCAAUGAAGAGAGUGGCAUCAUUACAACACAAGAAAUCCUCGAUCGGGAGACAAAAAAUCAUUAUUGGCUCACAGUUUACGCUACUGACCAGGGAAUCGUGCCGCUUUCUUCAUUUGUGGAGGUUUACAUCGAGGUUCAGGAUGUCAAUGAUAAUGCUCCGCUGACAACAGAGCCUGUGUACUUUCCUUCUGUAUCUGAAAACUCUCCCAAAGGCGUCUCCGUCAUCCAGAUCCAAGCGUUUGACCUGGACUCUGAAUCAAGUGAAAAUCUCUCAUAUAAAAUAAGCAGUGGAAAUCCACAAGGAUUUUUUGAUAUUGACUUCCAGACAGGGUUGGUGACAACAACAUCGAGGAAACUGGACCGAGAAAAGCAAGCAGAGCAUCUUCUUGAAAUCACAGUUUCGGAUGAUGGCAGUCCAUCCAAGUCGACCGUGGUUCAUGUGAUAGUCAACGUAUUGGAUGAAAAUGACAACAGUCCCCAGUUCUUGGAAAAGAUCUUUAAAAUCAGGCUGGUGGAACGACUGGAGGCAGUGGAAUGGGAGCCAAUUUAUCGAGUGAUUGCCUAUGACAGAGAUGAGAGUCCCUUUUCUGAUAUCUCAUACGCUAUUGAGGAGGGUGAAGAGCAGGGGAAAUUCUUCAUUGAGCCCACAACUGGGUUUGUGUUCUCUAAAGAGGCUUUUUCAGCGGGGGAGUAUAAUAUUAUCACGAUUAAAGCAUCAGACAAUGGGAAGCCUUCAAAGUCGUCCAUCUGUCGGUUGCACAUUGAGUGGAUUCCAAAGCCUAAGCUGGCUAAACAAGCGCUGGCAUUUGAGGAGAUUCCUCUCUCAUUCUCUGUGAUGGAGAACGAUCCAGUAGCCCAUAUGGUGGGAGUCAUCAGCGCUCAGCCACUUGACUCUCCUGUAUGGUUUACUAUCAAAGGAGACACACAUGUUAAAGACGCUUUUCACAUUCUACAGAUGUCUUGUGACCUGAACUGUACGGCAGGUGGAAGCACUGACAGCCGUUUUGACGUGGAGAAGGCGAGUGGCACAAUCAUCAUUGCUGGAGCACUAGAUGCUGAACGACAGUCAAAUUAUAACCUCACUGUUGAAGCAACAGAUGGAACAAGAUCUAUCAGCACUCAGGUCAUAGUUCAAGUUCUUGACACAAAUGAACACCGUCCCAAGUUUAGCCAAAACCAAUAUGAGAUAAGCAUUCCAGAGGAAAUUCAGCCUGGCAUGAAGAUACUGGAAAUAAAUGCAACAGAUAAAGACGAGGACAACAAAUUAUCCUACACACUGUUGAGCAGCACAGACUUAUUUAGUCUGAAGAAGUUUCGUCUUGAUCCUGGAAUAGGCUUUCUGUACACCACUGAAAAACUCGACCAUGAAACCAUGCACAGACACAUCCUCACUGUAAUGGUUAGGGAUCAAGGUGUGCCUGUGAAGAGUAAUGUUGUGAGAGUAAUCAUCAAUGUGGAGGACAGUAAUGACAAUCCACCGUGGUUCACUAGCUCUCAGUAUGCUGCCCGUGUGUUUGAGACAGCUGCGAUUGGUUCAUCUGUGUUACAGGUCACUGCUUUGGACAAAGACAAGAGCUUUAAUGCUGAAAUCCUUUACAGCAUAGAUUCAGGAAAUCAUGGAACUUCCUUCAUCAUUGAUCAGUCCUCCGGCAUUAUAACAGUUGCAAGAGAACUUGAUUGUGAGACCAGAGACCAGUAUGAAUUGAUAAUAAAAGCUUCAGACAAAGGAGAACCUUCGCUCAGUGCAGUUACGGCUGUCAGGAUCACAGUCACUAUCUCAGAUAAUACCAAGCCGAAGUUCCCCUCCAAUUCUCUAUCAGCUGAAGUCAGUGAGAACGUUCCUGUUGGGAGUUUUGUAACUUUAGUCUCAGCCUUCAGUCAAUCAACAGUUUUCUAUCAAAUCAUAGAGGGAAAUGAGAAAGGCGCGUUUGACAUCAAUCCAAACUCUGGUGCUGUCAUCACAAGGAAGAAGCUGGACUUUGAAACACUUUCAUCAUAUAAACUGAUUGUCCAGGGAACAGACAUGGCUGAAAUGUCAAGCAGUGUCACAGUUAACAUUUAUUUAAAGGAUGAAAAUGACAAUGCUCCUGUCUUCACCCAAUCUGAAUAUACUGGCUUCAUCAGCGAGUCGGCCAUCAUCAGAAGUGUGGUCCUGAACUCUCAGAAAGCUCCUCUUGUUGUUCGUGCAACAGAUGCUGACCAGCACUCAAAUGCCAGACUUGUCUAUCAGAUUAUGGAGCCAUUUGCUUGUAACUACUUCUCUAUCGAUUCUAGGACUGGAGCGAUUCAAACUCUCAGCAACCUGGAUUAUGAGCAGAGACGGAUAUUUAACUUUAGAGUUCAAGUUCAUGACACUGGGAACCCACGUUUAUUUGCUCAAGACACUGCCAAUGUGACUAUACACAUCAUUAACAUUAAUGACUGCGCUCCCAAGUUCACUCAGGAUUCAUACGAGGCUACUCUUCUCCUUCCGACCUAUAAAGGUGUUAAAGUGAUAACAGUAAAGGCAACAGAUGAGGACUCGCUGCCAGGAAACAAACUACAUUUUGAAAUUGUGGAUGGCAACAUAGGGAACAAAUUCUGGCUUGAUCCAACUUUUGGUGAUAUUUUUGUACAAAAUACUACACAGCUGCGGAGCAGGUACAGAUUGACAGUCCAAGUCUCUGAUGGAAGUUUCAUUGGGUGUGCAAAUGUGAAAGUCAAUGUUAAAGAUAAUAAAAGUCACAAUCUGAAGUUCACGCAGGACAUUUUCACCGCUCAGGUGCAAGAAAACGCUACAGAAAAGAAAACCCUGGCAGUUCUUUCUGUAGUUGGAAAUAGAGUCAACGAGCCUUUGUUUUAUUCUAUUCUCAAUCCUAACAGUAAAUUUGAAAUAGGACGCACAUCAGGAGUGCUUUUCUCUACGGGCAUCCCAUUUGAUCGAGAGGAACAGGAUUUGUUUGAAAUCAUUGUGGAGGUAAUAAAAGAGCCAGGGUUGAAUGGUCCUGCCCACGUGCUUGUGAAAGUGCAAGUUGAGGACGUGAAUGAUAAUGCCCCAUUCUUUGUAGAUCAACCCUAUCAUGCGGUUGUACAGGUUGACCAAACUGUGGGUUCAGUUUUUGCGAAGGUGACCACUGUGGACAGAGAUAUAGGCAAAAAUGCUGAGAUUACAUACUACUUGAAAGGUCAUGAUAAAUAUUUUCAGGUGAACCCAUUUGGAGAAAUAUCUCUAAAGAGGCCUCUUGAGUUGGAAAGCAUUGGCAAGUAUGUCAUUAACAUCACUGCGCAAGAUGAAGGUGAACCACCACUAUUCUCAAAUGCAGAGGUUGUUAUUUCAGUGGUGAACAAAGCCACACCAAUAUUUGAAAGACCUUUUUACAAGAUUGAAAUCCUCGAGAAUGUGCUAGUAGGUACAUCUAUACUCCAAGUUGUAGCCAAUCAAUCUGCAGGACCUCGUACUGUCUACAGCAUCAGUGGGGGAAACCCAUUCAGUCAGUUUGACAUUCAUUUUAACUCUGGACUCAUUAAAGUCAUCCAGCCAUUGGAUUAUGAGGCUCAUCCAGCAUAUCGGUUAAGCAUCCAGGCAACAGAUUCUUUGACCGGGGCCAACUCUGAUGUUUUUGUAGACAUUAUAUUAGAAGAUGUCAAUGACAACGCACCUAAAUUUGAAGCAGCAGUGUAUAGUAUUAGCAUCUCUGAAUCUACUGUAAUUGGAACCUCUGUACUGCAAGUGGUAGCCAUGGACCCUGAUGCACAAAGCAAUGCUAUAUUGUUUUAUAAACUGCAUGAAAGGGAUGGAUCGACUUCAGAUCACUUCAGAAUAGAUGCCGAGACUGGAGUUAUUUGGACUGCAGGACUACUAGACCAUGAAACCCAAUCUCAGCAUGAUCUGAUUGUAAAAGCUGUUGACGGUGGGGCAAUUCAGCUGUCUUCUGAAGUCCAAGUGACCGUAUAUAUAACUGAUCUUAAUGACAACCCACCUAUUUUUGCACAACAGCUUUAUAAUGCCACUAUAAGUAAGAUUUCUUCUCCAGGGCAGCUUGUGACCUGUGUUAAAGCAUUUGAUGCUGACAGUCAUGGUAGCAGUAAUCUCGAGUAUGCCAUUUUGUCAGGAAAUGACAACAACAUUUUUGCAAUUGAUGCGUUAAGUGGAGAAAUUGUGAUUGCCAACAUUAGCAGACAAUCUCUUAAGCACUUCUACAGCUUGAUUCUGUCAGUGACUGAUGGUGUUUUCUGUGCUAGCGCUGAAGCAAACAUCUAUGUGAUGGGUGAAAAUAGCCACAGCCCAUCAUUUACUCAGGACGAGUAUCUUAUUGAGCUUGCUGAGAACUCUCCAGUUGGUACGCUUGUCGGACAAGUUGAAGCCAUUGAUGAGGACCCAGGGAAAUACGGACAACUGACAUUCUUCAUUAUGAAUGAUAUCGCCAGGGAUAAAUUUAACAUCAAUGAAGAUGGACAGAUUUACACAGAAGAGAGCUUUGACAGAGAAAACCCAGAAGAGAAAAUAAUUAGAAUCAGUUUAAUGGCUAAAGAUGGCGGUGGUCUAUUAGGCUUUUGUAAUGUCAUUGUAAUUCUCUCUGAUGUGAAUGACAAUUCACCUAAAUUCAAGCAUUCAGAAUAUAAAGUUACUGUGCCAAGAGAUGCCCCUAGCAGCACAACAGUAAUCAAAACAACAGCAGUAGAUGAAGAUGAGGGAAGUAAUGCUGAUAUCGUAUACACUAUUGAAUCUGAUAUAGACCACUUUGAAAUUCAUUCACUUAGUGGUGCGAUUGUCACAAAAGAAAGCCUAAUUGGACUGGAAAAUGGCCUGUAUUCCUUCUUUGUGAAGGCUAAAGAUUCUGGAAGCCCACCAAAGCAAUCUAUUAUUCCAGUUUCAAUUAGAAUAGUUCCCCCUGAAACAUCAAUCCCAAAGUUUGCCGAGCCGUCGCUGUGGUUGGAGCUUUCAGAAGACCUGGCUGUCGGAACUGAGAUGGAUAUCUUCCAAGCCGAAAAUGAGCUUUCUGUGAUCUACAGCCUUGUUGGAGGGAACACCCCAGAGAGUAACAAACAUGAUGUCUUUGCUAUUGACAGCACAACUGGUAAGCUUAUACUCACAAAACGACUAGACUAUGAAACUAUAAAAUGGUAUCAUCUCGCAGUGCAGGUUCGAGAUGUCAAAGAUGACAUGGAAAUGAUCUCAACUGUAGAUGUGAGUGUCCAUCUCAAGGAUGUCAAUGAUAACAGCCCACAAUUUGAGUCCUUCCGCUACCAGUCGUGUAUUGCUGAAAACCUGCCAAAAGGGACUUCUGUAGUGCAGGUUAAGGCAACGGAUCUGGAUUCUUGGCUGAAUGGCCAGAUCACGUAUGCUCUGCAUGAAAACCAGCAGCCCCCUGAUGUUCUUCAGUUGUUUUCAGUGAACAGCGAGACGGGUUGGAUAACCACCCUCAUGGAAAUAGACAGGGAAAAGACAGACCAAUAUCGAAUCACAGUGGUGGCCACAGACGGAGCCCAAGGGUUACAGAUGACAGGCACUACUGUUGUAGAAGUGACAGUUGUGGACACAAAUGACAACCCUCCGUUAUUUACUGAAGCAGUUUUUAAAGGCGCUGUAAGAGAAGAUGAAUCUACACCAGGCACAGUUGUAACCAUUCUCAGCUAUGUUGAUUCUGACAGCGACGAGGUCAACAGGAGGUUCAACUGCUUCAUCACAGGUGGAGACCCGCAGGGCCUGUUUGAUGUGAAGCACACAGAUGGUGUUUGGGUGGUCGCUGUCAGCAAAACCCUGGACAGGGAGGAGAGAGAUUUCUAUCUUUUAAACAUCACAGCCACCGAUGGAACCUUUGUGGCAAAGGCGGCCGUAGAGAUCACUGUCCUGGAUGCAAAUGACAACAGUCCUGUUUGUGAGAAGGAUGUGUAUGCUCAAGCUGUUCCAGAAGAUGUACUCAUCGGAAAACACAUUCUUCAAGUCUCAGCCACUGAUGCAGAUAUCCAGUCAAAUGCAGAAAUCACGUACCAGCUAAGCGGCAGUGGAGCUGAAUCAUUUACAAUUGAUAGCAAGACAGGUGCAGUGAAAACACUGGCAACUCUGGACAGAGAGGUAACAGAUGUGUACAACCUAACAGUGCGUGCAGUAGACAAAGACAAUCACUUCUGCCAAGCUUCUUUGCUCAUCACAGUUGAAGAUGCAAAUGACAACGCACCCAAAUUCACAUCUGACCCACAUCAUGUGAGCAUUUAUCAGAAUACACAACCUGGAACAUACGUGGCACGACUGGAGGCCUUCGACGCAGAUAUCGGGAUGAACGGUAAAAUACGUUACUCAUUUGAGGACUCUGCAGGAGGUUUGUUUUCAAUUGAGGAGAGCUCAGGAAUCAUCAGUUUAGAAAGAUCCCUGGACAAACAGAUGAAGGCCAUGCAUGUUUUGAGGGUACGUGCGACAGACCAGGGCUUUCCCCAUAGACUCUCCUCUCUGGGCUCUGUGUUGGUGACAGUACUAGACGCUAAUGACCAUCCACCGGUGUUUGAGCGAAGGGAAUACAUUUCCACAGUUCCGGAAGAUGUUACAAUAGGGACUAAGCUACUGAAGGUCUUCGCUUCAAGCAAGGACAGGCAAAUGACUUCCCAAACAACAUACUCUUUCAGCAGCGGCAAUGAGCAAGGAGCUUUUCGAAUCGAUUCACAGACAGGUGACAUCUUUGUGAUGGAGCCCCUGGACUAUGAGGAAUCUUCACAGCACUAUCUGACAGUGAAGGCCACUGUCGGUGGGAAGCAGUCACUCAGUGACAUGGCUACUGUUAGCAUUCACCUCCAAGACAUCAACGACAACAGCCCUGUGUUCAGCCAGAAGAUAUACUCCGCUGUAGUCAGUGAGGACACCAGACUUGCAAGCACAGUGUUGACGGUACUUGCGAAUGAUCUUGAUGGGCCUUUAAACAACCAAAUCCGCUAUUCCAUUGAAGAGAGCAACCAGAGCUGCCCAUUCAUCAUGGACGCAGUCAGUGGUGAACUGCAACUGGCCCGUCAGUUAGACAGAGAGAUGGUAGCGAGUUACAUGCUGACCGUGAUGGCCUCCGACAGCGGAAGUCCCCUCAAAUCCGACAGUGCAGCAAUCAACAUUGCUGUGUCUGAUGUGAAUGAUAAUCCCCCUGUCUUCUCUCAGGCUAACUACAGUCUCAUCAUCCAGGAGAAUCUACCUUCAGGGACCAGCGUGUUACAGCUCAAUGUGACAGACAACGACUCCCUCCAUAAUGGGCCUCCUUUCUCCUUUAUCCUGAUAGGCGUAGAGGCAAACCCUUUUAGCAUAGACCAGCAGGGUUUGGUUAAGACCGCUGGACCAUUGACAAAGGGCCAGUAUACACUCCAAGUGCAGGUGUCUGACAAUGGAAAACCUCCACAAAAAUCAGUCACAUCUAUCACUGUUCUUGUAGCUCAGGCCAGCAUGUUUCCUCCAUCUGUGUUUCCUCUCGAAAUUUUCAUCAUCCUCCUGGAAGAUGAAUAUUCUGGAGGCACACUGGGAAAAAUCCAUGCCACAGAUCAAGAUGAACACGACAAACUCGCAUUCAGCCUGGACCCACAGUCCCACAGCUUGUUUUCUAUCAUUGGCACGGACGGCAGACUGUUGGCGCGUGAAGGCCUGGACGUGGGUCAUUACCAGCUUAACGUCUCGGUCAGCGACGGACAUUUUUCAGUUUCGUCCAUUGUCAAAGUGAAUGUCUUGCAGGUCACAGAGCAGAUGCUGGACAGCUCUAUCUCUAUACGCUUCGCUGGCAUCACCACGGAGGAUUUUAUCCAGGACCAUUGGAAAAAUUUCCAGAAAAUGCUUCGCAGCGUGGCUGGAGCCCGCAGGGGUGCCAUCAAUUUGAUCAGUCUGCAAUCUGCUGGAUUUGGCGAUGGCCUGGAUGUUCUUUUGUAUUUUGAGAGACCCAGACGAGGUGCCGGUGCACUGGAGGCUCUCUCUCAGAAGAUAAGCUCUUCCAGAGGAGCCAUCAAGGAGAUGACUGGACUGCAUGUUGUGAGGGUUUUGAACAGUCGCUGUUUAAGCUCUGAGUGUCCUGAUGGCAAGUGUAGACGGGUGCUUCUGUUUAACCAGACUACUAUGGGUGCAUACAGCACUGCACGAGUGAGCUACAUCACACCCAGACAUCACAUGACGGCCAAAUGCCUGUGCACAGACAGUAAGUGUCUGAAGCAGGAAUACACCUGUGUAAACAGCACAUGUCCAGAGGGCUAUGAGUGCGUGUCAGGCUUUGGACAAGACAAACACAGCUGCAUCUGCACAGGUGCUGCCAAAGUCAAAUGCUCAGGAGGAUCUUCAAUGACAUUUAGUGAGAGCAGCUAUAUUAAAUAUAGCCUGAUGGAAAGUAUGAAAGGACUGAAGCUCACGCUCAAGUUAAAAACUCUCUCAACAGAAGGAACAAUAAUGCUUGCCAGAGGAACGGGCCACAGCAUUCUAGAGAUAGCAGGAGGCAGACUGCAGUUCCAAUUUGACUGUGGCUGGGGUUUUGCCACAGUCUCUGUGCACAGCGUCCUGGUGAAUGAUGGACAGUGGCACAUGGCAGAACUUGAGGUGAAGGGAAACUAUGCCAGGCUGGUUCUGGAUCAGCUCCAUUCAGCAUCAGGCAUCGCGCCCGGCCCUCUUCACUGCCUCAACCUGGGUGAGCAGGUGGUGCUAGGUGGACACGCUCAACACCUCGGUUCCAGACGCAGACGAAAUCUGCCUGCAUCAAACAGCCUGCAGGGCUGCAUGGACUCGGUGCUGCUUAAUGGACAUAGACUGUCCUUGGACUCUGGUGGUCCAUUAGGAGUUACUAUUGAGGACAUGGUGGGAGUUUCUCCGGGAUGUUUCGGCUUCACAUCUCCAGUCUGCUCCAGUAAUCCUUGCCUCAAUGGAGGGAGCUGCUUAAUGAGGCAGAGUGGAGGUAACAUUUGCAAAUGCAGUCCUUCAUUCUCUGGGACUCGCUGUGAGGUGAAGAUCAGUCCUUGUGACUCAAACCCGUGCCUGUAUGGGGGAACCUGCAUCCAAAAUAACCUGGACUACUCAUGUAAAUGCCGGGGCAAGUACUCCGGUCAAAGGUGUCAGAUAGGUCCCUACUGCAAAGAGAAUCCAUGCCAAAAUGGUGGACAGUGUAUAGACAGUCUUGAUGGAGCCAUUUGUGAGUGUGAGCCAGGAUUCAAAGGAGAAAGAUGCAUGAUCGAUGUUGAUGAGUGUGUGGACAGGCCGUGUUUCAAUGAUGGCCAUUGUGUAAACACACGUGGAUCGUUUACCUGUUCCUGCAUGAUUGGAUUCAGUGGAAGACUGUGUGAGAUAGGCACAGAAGUAAGCAACCAACCUAUAUCUUCAUCCUGGAACUCUUGGAUUGGAGAACUGGUCGCAAUACUGGCCUUCCUGGCAGUCAUCUUUGUUGUGACAUUACUCUUCUUAAUAGUGUGGAAAGGUUCCUGUAAACGUAUAAAGAGAGAUAAAGACCUUGAUAAGGUCAAAGACAUUGACUCUUACAUUCAGAGGUUGAGUUUUUACAACCAUGGCAAAAACAAAUCCCGCUCUGACACCCCACCGCUGGUCCCCGUGCGACCCAUAUCCUACACACCCAGCAUUCCUGGAGAAUGUCGAAACAACCGAGGCUCAGUGCCCGAGUUCAGUAACUUCACUGCAGAUCCACUUUUUGGUCUUAGGAAGUCUGUGGCUGUGUGCAGUGUGGCCCCUAAUUUGCCACAUCGCAAAGCAUCCUAUUCUCAUUCAGAAAAUGACUCCAUACAGCAGAUGGACUGGGAUGAGGAGUAUGACGAAAAAAUACUAGACUUGACUUCCUGUUUAGCAAUGGAGGAUGACUAUAUUUCACUUUCUCGUGAUAAUAGAGGGCUGCAGUCCACAUGCUCACUCCAGUCAGAUGUCAUGGAUGACAACAGCUAUUACUGGGAUACCUCAGAUUGGCAGCAGAAUAUCUACUCUCCUGGAAUUCAAGGUUUUCUGCAGUAUGAGUUUGUGCAGAUGACUUCACCGAUACACACCUCUCCAGAAACUGUCCACAUGGACUUCACCACUGUUGGCGAAGACAUAGAGACUUUCCUGCCAUUAACAACUCUCCUACCUAAUUCUGACCAGUUAACCAGGCCAGAGGGCCACCAUGCAAUCCACCCAACAGUGAGGUCAAACUUUAUGACCUCCAGUCAACAUCCCAGCCCUGACUCCCCAGAGUCCGUCCAAACAACCGCAGAGAUGCUUCAAGACCAACAUAUAAGGUCCUCUGAGACUGUGGAUUUCUUGGAAAGUCCUGUUUGAGACCCACACAACUCUAAACUUCAUUCCCCAGUGGUUAGAAAUCCAAUUUUAUGGUUAGUGACCAUGGAAAACUUCAUGAAGACCUGGUUGGCAACACUACCAGAGGCUGAGGUGUGACUGCAGUGGGUUUCUGUACUAUAAUUCGAAACCACCAUUAAACUUUCAUGCAGAAUCGU